GCGACGCUGGAGGGUACUUUGCUGGGCUUCAUGGUGGUAGAAGGUCUGGCCAGGAAUUUCCGCGUGCAGCAGCGCGACCAGGUCAAGUUCACCAAGGAACAAGCGCAGCUCAAGAUCCUCGUGCAGAGCGUGGAGAUGUGGCUGAGCAGUGCGAAGGUCAUGGACAGGAGAUCCGAGAUCCCUCUGAACGACUGGCUUCAGCGCCAGGCACAGAAUGUGGUGAAAGUGCCGCUGCGCUAUGCAGUGAACAGUACACCGCUGGUGUCGGAGGCCAAAGCUGAGGCCGCGGGCUGCAUUGAGAGACUCGAACAGAUGCUCUCGAUCUUCUACGAUCUGCAGCGAACGCCGGAUGGCAUUUGUGCCAGCACCAGGAGAUUUCUGCAAGUUCCCGCAGUUGGCAAUCUGAACCAGCUGAGGGCGGAGCUGCUGUUGCGGUUUUCGGCGCAGCACUACUGGGUGCGCACCGCCAGCGGCCGGCGACUCGACGCCGUCUUCAUCGCGGCGAAGGGCGCCGAGGGUGCUGCCGGGGAGGAGGAAACCCCGACCUCCGCCGGCAAGGAGGAUGUGCCAUUGAAGGAUCUGUCUAACGACAAACGUGGGCCGGUCGUUGUGUGGUGCAACCCGAAUGCGGCAUACUACGAAACGAUGGCGUAUGAGUCCCACUGGCUGGACUUCUACCUGUCCCAG